UAAGGUUCAUCGAGGAAGCUCGACCGGGAAUCGAAUCAAGAACAUCGAGCGCGCAAGAGAUUUCACUAAAAUGAGGUUUCUCCAGGUGCAGAGAGGACAAUUGCUCAGGUACUGCGUGCCGGGGAUUGGAUGCGCGGCUUUACCGACAGAAAGUAGAAACCAUUCUCUCAGGGAGCAGAGUAGUCGCAUAUGAUGGAAUUAAAAAGCUUCGUUGCUCUCGAUUUCGCAGCUCUUAACUCAGAGUUCAAUUGAGAGAAUAGUGCGAGUGAUCGGAGUGACUGACGAUUGGCAGGAGGCUAGUUUCGAACUGUAGUUGUACUUGAAGCUGAAACCUUCUUUCUCGAUCGUGCCACUGGAAGAACUACGAGUGUCCAGGUGUAGCUUGCAUUGGGGUUCUUGAGAGCUUUGUCACUAUGAAGUCGGUAUGGAAAAGUUCCGGUCUCGAGGCGAGGUUUAGAUUUCUGAUGACGGGGAGCAGAAUGAUCGAGCAAAGUCGGGUAUUGGCACAUUUUUGUGGGAAUCGCAAUCUGAUGAAAGGUGCCUCCCUUAACCAAUUGCCCGAAGCUGCUUCCAACACCUGAAGAAAGUCGGGUGCCUCUACCCGAAGGAUCCGUUUCUCCCAGAGCACAAUCACUUCCAGCUGCAUCCCACAUUGUGCCACAGUCGGAUCCAAGACAUGCAUGCUUUUUCCACAUAAGAAGAUAUGGAAGUGCGCCAGGGCACAGUAGAGUUGUCAAGGAUAGACGAUUUGCCGAGCUCAAAGACGUCGAUAUCGCACACUUCCGGCAAAUCCUUGGAGACAAGGGGGUCGUGGUGGACAGUGAUGAGUUGAAGGUGGCAAAUACUGAUUGGAUGAAUAAGUACGAAGGGCACAGUCAGCUUCUUCUGCGCCCUCGGACCACCCAACAGGUGUCUGAAAUUCUCCAGUAUUGUUAUGCAGGGCGUCUCGCAGUUGUUCCUCAAGGUGGCAACACUGGCCUUGUCGGUGGCAGCGUUCCUGUUUUUGACGAGGUUAUCCUUAACCUCGGAGCCAUGAACAAGAUACUAAAUUUCGAUGAGGCGAGUGGGAUCCUGGUGUGCGAGGCAGGGUGUAUACUUGAAAGCCUCGAUAACUAUGUUGGGAGUCGAGGCUAUGUAAUGCCCUUAGAUCUGGGAGCCAAAGGCAGUUGUCAGAUUGGAGGGAAUGUCUCUACCAACGCAGGAGGUUUGCGAUUAUUGCGUUACGGAUCUCUACAUGGGAAUGUGCUUGGACUGGAGGUUGUACUAGCCGACGGGACUGUCCUUGAUCUCCUCGGAACUUUGAGAAAAGAUAACACUGGCUAUGAUUUGAAACAGCUUUUUAUCGGAGGUGAAGGGACACUUGGAGUGGUGACGAAAGUAUCUAUAAUAACGCCUCCGAAACUUGCGUCCACGAAUGUGGCAUUCUUGGCUUGUGAAGACUACGUCAGUUGCCAGAAAACCUUUGCGCAAGCAAAGCUGCAGCUGGGAGAAAUUCUGUCUGCAUUUGAGUUUCUGGAUCGGUACGCCCUUGACGUGGUGUUGAAGCACUUGGAUGGCACACGUGAUCCUCUUCCAGAUUCUAAACAACACUUCUAUCUCCUGGUGGAGACAACUGGAAGUAAUCAACUCCAUGACAAGGAGAAGCUAGAUGCGUUUUUAGAAUCAGCUAUAGAACAAGGACUGAUCACGGAUGGAGCAGUUGCUCAAGAUAUAAGUCAAGCUGCCUCGUUUUGGAAAGUUCGAGAGGGGGUCGCCGAAGCAAUGGGAAAAGGUGGAGCCGUUUACAAGUACGACUUGUCAAUUCCUCUGAAAGAUCUCUACACCCUUGUCGAAGACAUGAGGUCCAGAUUAAAAGAUUCUGCCACCGUUGUCGGCUAUGGUCAUAUGGGUGAUGGAAACCUGCACCUGAAUAUUAUGGCUCCCAAAUAUGAUAAUGAGUUACUGGCACAAAUCGAACCCUACGUCUACGAAUGGACAGCAGCAGCAAAAGGUAGCAUAAGUGCUGAGCAUGGACUUGGCUUCAUGAAGGCGAAAGCAAUACACUACAGCAAAUCUACCGCAGCUGUUCAAGUCAUGGAAGGAUUCAAAAAACUUCUGGAUCCUCGCGGAAUUCUGAAUCCUUACAAGGUCUUACCUAGUCCUAGCGAAUCACAUGUAAUCUCAGAAGCUACAUAAGCAUGAUAUACACUACGGUUGUUGUAAAAAGUAUGCCCGCCCUCAGCUAGACUAAUUGUGAAAUGGCAUGUACUCCGAAUUAACUGACAGAAAGAAAUACGCUUCUACUCAAGUCAGAAACUUGAAUAGAUGUGCUGCAUGCCUACAUUUCUAAGAGAAGAUCAUUGAUAGGGAAGUGAGACCAGAACCGGUCACAGCUCAUUUUCUUCUCUCUUUGAAGUAGUAGUAGUAGAUGUAAAUUUCUUAGAUGUAAUUGCAGCCGGAGGUAGCCUUUGUGAAGAUUUGACCAUGUUGCACGAACAUCCUCGACCACAAGUUAUUACCUUUCCUGGUCCUCAUUACUAAUCACAGUAUAAUCGACCUGCAAGUGAUAUCCACUUAAAGGAAUAUGUUUGAGACGAACCGCAUGAGUCUAAGAACAACUAUGUUUCCCCUUCUGGUUUUAGUCAGCUGUUCAUUUUUGGUCCUCUUAAGUCCGGGUGCUAUGUGCAAGCGGCUAUGUAUGUUUUGAGGCUUAGAUCGUACCGGUGGUAGAUGGUAGGAACGGAUGUAUGCGGCGGCAUGAAUUCUCUCAAUGGCCAUUUUGCCAGUCGGAAAAAAAAGGG